UGCUACAUGUGCGCGCAGGCGCAGUGGCGGCCCGCUGGCUGGGAUGGCGGCGCUCAGGAGCAGCGUGUCCCGCUGGGGAGCUCUCCUCGUCCCGGGCUCUCGGCAGCUCCGCCUCGUCAGGAGGAGACCCAUCGAGCUCCUCCAUCCCCAGAAAGAGGAGGCUGCAGCUGCAGCUGCCGGCCGCCCGGCGACCGAGAAGCCUGACCCGGCCCCGAGAGAGCAGCCCGGGCGACCCUUCGGCCCCUCUCUCCUGGACGGACUCUCGUACGAGAAGGCGUUUCCCGGCGACAAGCGGCUGGCCAAAGUUGUGACCCUUGCAAAGUCCAAGAAGUUCCGUGAGCAGCAUGGGAAGAUCCUAGUGGAGGGCCGGCGAUUGAUAACCGAUGCUUUAGGGGCUGGAGCGCUGCUACAGACUCUUUUCUUCAGCACCGUGGAGAGCCUGAGGGAGCUGCCUUUGGAGAAAUUGAAACAUGUCAAGUUAAUAAAGGUCAAGUUUGAAGAGAUCAAGAUGUGGUCUGACCUUGUAACUCCCCAGGGAGCAAUAGGGAUUUUUGUCAGACCAGAUCAUUCCAAGAUGAAAUAUCCGGCAAUUCAGCAAGAGCACACCGUACCUCUCUUCCUCAUUGGUGACAAUAUCCGAGAUCCUGGAAACCUGGGAACGAUAUUACGAUCUGCGGUGGCUGCAGGGUGUGGCAAGGUCUUGUUGACGAAAGGCUGUGUGGAUGUUUGGGAACCCAAAGUGCUCCGGGCCGGCAUGGGUGCGCAUUUCCGCAUUCCGGUCAUUUCUAAUUUGGAGUGGGAAGUCAUCCCGAACUACCUGAGCAGCAGCACUAGGGUACUUGUUGCUGACCCUUCUCAUGGAGGGACUGACCACACAGUGACUCCCCCUGAACUGGGUGCAGCUGGUGACCGGAGCUGGAGACAGGUAGAAUACCAGGAGAGUGACAGCGAGGAUGAGGAGGGAGAGUUUCUGCUGCCACUCCCUAAAGUGGGCGCUUGGUGUUACUCCCAGCCCUGGGCUCAGGAGCAGACUGCAAUUGUGAUUGGAGGAGAGACCCACGGACUCAGCCUCGAAGCCCUGUUGUUGGCUGAGAAGACGGGAGGUCAGCGUUUGUACAUCCCCAUGGUUCCUGCUGUGGACAGCCUUAACUCUGCCAUGGCAGCAAGUGUUUUAUUGUUUGAGGGCAGAAGACAGCUGCUCUCCAUGGUGCCAGCUACCAACAGGACUGACAGACCAAACAGCAGCGUUGCUUAAAUCACCUGAGAGCGUCCUGACUGUGGGGUCAACCUUUCCCUGAGUUUUGAUGGACUUAGCCACGCUCGUUUGGGAGCAGACCGGUCGCCUAUGGGUCUCCUCCAGACAGAAAGCUCCUUCAUUGCUCAGGAACAACUUUGAAAUGCUUUCAGAGACUUGAUGCACAUUGUGCUAAUGGAAAUAUAUGUAUUAGGGUUAGCUAGCGUCGUGCAUUGUAAGUUUUCAGCUGCGUACAAUCAUUACAAAUGGGGGAAGCCCUACCUUCCCCAUCCAGAUAAAUCCUCCAGUCUUGUGUUGUUUGAAGUUAUAGCCCUGGCACUCAUCAGGACAUGUGCAAGAAUGCCAAUUUUCAAAUGGUCACUGCACCUAAUCCUGCUUGCACUUGUUCUGAUGGUUGCAAGGUGCAAAAAUGUUUCAGCGUGUCCCUGUACCAGAGCUGUUAGUAACUGAAAUGACUGUACAUCUUCACGUUCAUUUUGAGUGAUGACCUGUGCCAAACCUGGUUUUAAUUUUAACACCCUUCUGUACUGGUCAUUUGCCUGAAAUAUCAAUUUUUCCUUGUAGAUUUUAUUUAUGGUACAAACAUGACCUUAACCAUAAGAGUUCUGUGAACAAAGAAGGCUUUUUCAGCCCAUCAUGUCUGCAAUCCCAUUCAAGUGGGAGAGUUUCUGGCUGACUGCGCAACCUGAUGACUGACAGUGUUUCCUGCACAGCCUUGUGUCACAGAGUAAACAAUAAGAGCCCCACAUUAUUAGAAAGUUGUGAUUGCUAUAGAGUGAAUAUAGAGAUUUAUUUCCUCCCUUUUUUUUUCUCAUCACUGAAAUAACUCCAGAGGCUGCUAUCCCAUUACCAAGUUGAGAGUCCUUCACAACUGCUCAAGCUCCCUCAGAACCAACUCCGAGCAAACAGGAUGUCUCACACUUCUGUUUUUUAACUUUUUUUUUGGUUAACGUUUACACUAACAGCGGGAAAGGACUAAAUCAAAACGGAGUUGCAGGGCGGAAGUAAAGCAUUGUGGUGCCACCUCUAAAGUGUUGAGACCAACUCUGGGACAAAAAUAGGAAUUGCUGGAAAAGCUCCAAACUGAGGAAGAGUCACUGGACCUGAAAUGUUAACUCUGAUUUCUCUCCACAUGCUGCCAGACCUGCUGAGCUUUUCCAGCAAUUUCUGUUUUUGUUUCUGAUUUACACCAUCUGCAGUUCUUCCAGUUUUUAUUGAGAGCAAUUCAGAUCCUUAACCAGAUGUUACUGUUUCUCAGAUUGGUAGUGGGUUUGACUCGGUUUCUGACUGGAGUACUCCUUUGAGCUUUCUGAUAACCCAAAUCAUAGAGUUACUGCUAUCGUCAGAGCGCGUAGGUUUUCACAAUCUGAACUAUUGGAAAGCUUCAUCCAGGGGUAAAGAGCAUACCUAAACUCCUGAUCCAAAUAAAGGUCUCCAUUGUAAAAGU